AGGCUCCUGAGGAGAGCUCUCAGAGUGGUGUGGCAGGCAUCCACGUUUCUAGCCAUGCACACCCCACUGGAUGGGACCCUCCUGGGUGGCCUCCCAGAGUCACUGGCACCCUAGGGCCUGCCUGGAGAGCCAAGCAGACCAGAGCUGGCAUUGGAUGAGGUGGCUGGGCCUGGGCAUGGAGAUGCCACCGUGCUGACCCACGCCCUGCCCAGGGAGGUGUCGGGCAGCCCCUCACUGCCCACGCACUGCGGCCUCGCCUUUGUGUGAGCUCCACCGUGUUUACUCUCCCACUUCCUUGUUCCACUGCAGUGCGAGGGCCAUAAACCGCCUGGCUGGCACGGCUGAGCCCUGGGUAGCAGGGCAGGAGGAAAAGGAGGGAGGGGAAUGGCGGUCAUCCCCUGGCUCUGUGCUGGGAGGGCACCCCAGGUGCCUCCGUGGUGGUUGGGAGCUCAGCCCUUCCCCUAGGGCUGGUGCCACCAUCCACGGUGGGUCUCUGAUGCCCACUGGCCACCCUCAUGCUGGUGUCCAGGGGCACACCAGGAGGGAACAGGACCUAUUUCCCCUUCUUCUCGGACUUCAGGGGCCGCAAUGUGACGGCCCUGCGCAUCGGCGAGUCAUCUGCCCUGGCCUUCAUCUUCCUGCUGUCGUUGGCGGGAAACAUCUGGGGCAUCUGCCUGCUGGUGCGGCGGCACCGCCGGCUCUGCGCCGCCAACUGCCUCGUCCUCAACCUCUUCUGCGCCGACCUGGUCUUCAUCACCGCCAUGCCCUUCAUCGCCGUCGUGCGCUGGACCGAGUCCUGGGUGCUGGGCGACGCCGUCUGCCACCUGCUCUUCUAUGUGGUGAGCCUGAGCGGCACCGUCAUCAUCCUCUCCCUGUCGGCCGUCAGCCUGGAGCGCGUCGUCAGCAUCGCCCGGCUGCGCCACGCCGCCUUCCGCCGCCGCAAGGUGCUGGCCGCCGCCUUGCUCCUCAUCUGGGGCUUCGCCGCCCUCGCCACCCUCCCGCUCUGCUGCUUCUUCACCGUGGUGCGGCUGCCCGCCCCCGCCGGCCAGGACAUUCAAAUUUGCACCCUGGAUUGGCCCAGCACUGCAGGAGAAACAGUCUGGGAUACCACCUUUGCCAUUGUUUUCUUUCUGAUACCAGGAUUCGUCAUUGUCAUCAGUUACUCCAAAAUCUUACAGAUUACAAAAGCAUCAAGAAGAAGUUUAAAUGCUGGUUUAGCCUACUCAGAACAUCAUCACAUUCGUGUCUCCCAGCAAGACUACAAACUAUUCCGAGCCCUUUUUCUGCUGAUGAUAUCUUUCUUCAUUAUGUGGAGCCCAAUAAUAGUUAUUAUUUUUUUAAUUUUAGUUCAGAACUUCAAAAAAGAUUUAAAUAUUUUGCCAUCAGUUUUCUUCUGGAUAGCAGUAUUCACUUUUGCCAACUCUGCUGUCAAUCCAGUUCUGUAUAAUGUUGCCCAUUUCAGACGUAAAUGUCAGGAAAUUCUUCUCUGUUGUACAGGGAACCCUGAAGGGCAUGGAGCAGGUACAGAAACCACUGCAAGAAGAAGUAACCGUGAACAGCCACAUUUGUCUUUCAUUACCAGAUAAUUGUGUGAAGUCUCUGCUGUGCCACACUUUGGAUUUUGUCUAUGCUAUCCCAGGUCACAUAGGUCAUUAUGUAGUAUUAUUAUUAUCAUAUUAUAGUAUUACAUGCCAGAGGAGGAGGGAAAAAAGCUAAAUGUGUAUUUUUAAUUCCUGCAGGUAAAAUUCUCUUGACUUCAUUGCUUUGCCACAGUAAGGUUUGAACAAUUUAAUCCAAUGGAUUGAAUUCUCCUCUUAUGCUGAAAUAAAUAGAAAUACGGCAGUGAACUUGGUGAAUGUAAAAUAGUUGAAUUAAGUACUUUAAACUUUCUAGUGAAAAUUUUCAUCCUCAGAAAGUAUCUGCUUUUUUAUUUUAAUCCAGUUUUCAAAGGGAACUUGAUUAAACAGUUCAAUAACUGACUGCCUGAACAUAGGUUUGAGCAGACUAACUGAAACAAGGUAAUGAACAUGUGUUAUCACCAAAUAAAUGACCAGUUUGAUUCCAUCUCAGAUUAAAAAAUAUGGACUUAAUAUAUGUGAAUUUGCAAGAAUAAAUAAAUAAAUGGUUGUCAUGUGUAAAAUAGUUCUUUUAAAAAUAUGUAUAUUUUUUAUGUCUUCACUAGUCAUAUAAUAAAGUUAAUUAGUGAUAUAUGGGGUCACUGAAAUUCCUUUCUCUUUUCUAAACGAUUUCCAGUAUUUUAUAAAGAAAAUAUAAUGAUCUAUCUGAAAAGAAAAUACAUAUACUUGGAGGUU